AUGGCCAAGAAAGCAAAGUCCCGUGUCAUGAUCGUCCGGCUCUUGUCCAUGGCCGCGACUGGUUACUUCUACACUGUCAAGCGUCUCCGAACAGCAACACCCAUGAGCUUGCUGAAAUACGACCCAAUCAUUCGGCGAAAGGUGCUUUUCUUGGAGCAGAAGAAGAAGGGGAAAUGA